AUGGCUACAGACCAUUUAGACUUGCAACAGAUGGAGAAGAAGUGUUUGGAAAGCUUCAAAGAAUAUGCUCAACGAUGGAGAGAUAUGGGUAUCGAGGUUCAGCCACCGUUAACAGACAAAGAAAUGACAUCUAUGUUUAUGAAUACCUUGUGGGCUCCAUUCUAUGAUCGAAUGGUUGGUAAUGCAUCACCAAUUUUUUUUGACAUUAUUGUUAUUGGCGAAAGAAUUGAAUAUGGGAUAAAACACUGGAGCUAUGUACUACCCCAUACUGUCUCUGAAACUCCAAAACCCGUUAACUCAAAUUCUCUUCGACCAUUUGUACAAGGUCAAGGUAGCAAGACCAAUUCAGAUACAUGGCGAUUUGAUCCAAUUCCCAUGACUUAUACAGAGCUUUUACCUCAGCUAAUUCAAAAUCGACAAUUAGCUCCUAUUUCAAUGAUUCCUAUACAACCUCCUUACCCAAAAUGGUAUGAUUCAAAUGCUCGAUGUGAUUAUCAUGCUAGAGGAGCAGGACACUCAACUGAAAAUUGUUUGGCUUUGAAAAGAAAGGUGCAAUCUCUAAUUAAUACUGGAUGGUUGAGCUUUAAAAAAUCUGGUGAGAAGCCGAAUAUCAAUGAAAAUCCACUGCCUAAUCAUGAAAAUCCAAAAGUGAACCCUGUGGAUGACCUUGUUGAAAAGUGCAAAAAUGAAGUCCAUGAGAUAGUGAUGCCUACGGAAGCACUUUUUGAAGGUCUUUUUGAAGCAGAAUAUGUUAGUCGGGAAUAUCUAGACCCCAACAUAAGAUAUGAAAAGUAUGAUGAAAGCAAACAUUGUAUAUUCCAUCAAGGAGUUGCAGGCCACGUUGUCCAACAGUGCCAAAAAUUUAGAUCCAAAAUACAACAACUUAUGGAUUCAAAGAUACUUACGGUAUAUAGAGGACAAGAAAAAGACGAGAAGAGAGAUAGUAAAAUAUGUUCUUUAAUGGAUGAAGUUUUAGAAAAGGAAGAUUCCUUUGUACCAAGACCUUUGGCAGUUUUUUAUCAAAAAAGUCGUAAUGAGUCAACCUUCUACAAUCCUAAAAAACUCACGAUCCAAGUGCCGUGUCCUUUCAAAUUUGAGGAUCUAAAAGCAGUGCCAUGGCGGUAUGAUUGUCAAGUCAUAACAAGUCCUUCAGUUGAUAACAUUAUAGGAAUCAGCGGGAUAACCCAAAGUGGAAGAUGCUACAAACCAGAUAAUUUAACAGUCCCUUCAGAUGGUCUAAUACUGGAGCAAGGUAGGAAAAAUGAGAAAAGAAAUGUGGAGCAUUGCGAAGACCAAGAUGUGAAGAUGCUUAUCAUUGCAAAAGAUAUAGAAUACAAAAAGCUCGUCAUGAAUGAGGAAGAAAAUGAAUUCUUGAAAAUAGUUAAACAAAUCUUCACAGAUGACAAAAUUCCUCCUGAAGGCUUAGGCCAUACAAAAGCACUACACAUUCAAGUGAAGUGCAAAGACUAUGUCAUUGCAAGAUGUUUAGUGGAUAACGGAUCGGCUCUCAAUAUAAUGCAUAAAUCUACACUAUUGAAGCUUCCCAUGGAUAUGUCACACAUAAAAUCAAGUACUAUGGUUGUGAAAGCUUUUGAUGGUCACGUAGAGAAGUAA